AAGCGCUUAUCUUGCUAAUUUACAAGCGUCUAGAAUUGUUUUGAUGAUCAGUCAUUUUCGCAAACAUUUUCUGAUUUAUGUCGAUCUAAUUAAUUUAUUAUGGAAUAAAACUAAAAUUGCAUUAACUGCAUUUAAAAUAUGAUGACCAUUGAACAAGAACUGCAAGAAAAUUCUGAAAAACCAUCAUGGUGGACGCCACUUUGUGAAGCUAUAAAAGAGGGUACUCUUGUAAAUGUUAAAAAGAUACUGCAGAAGUAUCAGUUUCCUGACUUGAAAAUUAUAGGAGAAACAGUAUUGUCAGAAAGUCCUCUACAUCUGGCUGUAAUUGAUGGUAGAGCUGAUAUAGUGGACUUACUACUGUCACAUGGGAUUGAUGUCACAACAACAAAUCUGUAUGGUGAAACUCCCCUACAUGUAGCCUGUAGAACAGGAAAUACUGCUGUUGUAAAGAAACUGUUAGAUGCAGGAUCAUUGUUAGAGUAUAAAGACAGUGGAGAAUGCACACCACUGUUUCAUGCCAUUUAUGGUAAUCGGCCAGCUGUGACUGAACUUCUGAUAAAAGUGGGUUCAGAUCUGGAUUCUUUAAACGAGGAGUUGAUGUCCCCUCUAGAUCAUGCAGUUCUUUACAACCAGAGUGAGAUCAUUACAUUACUAUUGAAAGGUGGCUGUGCAUUGGAUAAAACAGUCGGGCAAGUGUAUUACCCAGGACACUAUUCAAACUCCAUCUUGUUCUCGCUUUGGAGUAAUGGUGAUAUUGCUAGUGUGAAAAUUCUCCUUCAGGCUGGGUACCAACUGACUGCUUCUCAUUUAACAACAUUGUUCAGGGUCGCUCAGCAGCUUGAAUGGGAUGAUUCCCUGCUUAAGGCUGCUGAAUGCAUGAUUCGGGAACCAGCGACAUUGAAAGACUGUUCCCGCAUUGCAAUAAGAAGACAUUUAAUGAGUAUUAAGUAUAUUAAAAGAAAAUCUGUUCAAAGAAUGAUUGAAAAUCUACCUCUUCCAGACAUACUGAGAGAUUUUGUUAGUAUGAUGUGAUACAUAUGCUGUAAGCGAAUAACCCUUUAGAAAAAUAUUGAAAGUAUAAUGUAUUCAUUUAAAUUCAUGGCCAUGAAAUUUCAUUAUUUCAGCUAGAAGGGGUUUAUUUCAUGGAAGCACAAAGAUUUCAAAAUUAAAAGGUAAAUUAAAUGGGAAUUUUAUUGGUUGGGCAAAAAAGAGGCCACUGUGAAUAAUUGUACAAAUUGUGUAAUGAACUGAUGUUUUAAACCACCAGGAAUAAUAAUGAUACAUAGUUUGUUAUGAUCUGGGGAUGUUUUAUUCAGUGUAUCAAUGAUUCAUUAUUAUUCAUAGUGGUUUAAAAGUUUUAAACCACUAUGAAUAAUAAUGAUACACUGCAUGUAGUUACCUGAUGUUUUUAUGCCCCCGAAGGGAGGCAUAUAGUUUUUGAACCGUCUGUCUGUCCGUCGGUCUGUCGGUCUGUCAGUCUGUCGGUCCGUCCGCAAUUUUCGUGUCCGGUCCAUAUCUUUGUCAUCGAUGGAUGGAUUUUCAAAUAACUUGGCAUGAAUGUGUACCACAGUAAGACGACGUGCAGUGCGCAAGACCCAGGUCCGUAGCUCAAAGGUCAAGGUCACACUUAGACGUUAAAGGAUAGUGCAUUGAUGGGCGUGUCCGGUCCAUAUCUUUGUCAUCGAUGGAUGGAUUUUCAAAUAACUUGGCAUGAAUGUGUAUCACAGUAAGACGACGUGCAGUGCGCAAGACCAGGUCCGUAGCUCAAAGGUCAAGGUCACACUUAGACGUUAAAGGAUAGUGCAUUGAUGGCGUGUCCGGUCCAUAUCUUUGUCAUCGAUGGAUGGAUUUUCAAAUAACUUGGCAUGAAUGUGUACCACAGUAAGACGACGUGCAGUGCGCAAGACCCAGGUCCGUAGCUCAAAGGUCAAGGUCACACUUAGACGUUAAAGGAUAGUGCAUUGAUGGGCGUGUCCGGUCCAUAUCUUUGUCAUCGAUGGAUGGAUUUUCAAAUAACUUGGCAUGAAUGUGUACCACAGUAAGACGACGUGCAGUGCGCAAGACUCAGGUCCGUAGCUCAAAGGUCAAGGUCACACUUAGAC